AUGAUGUAUUAUGGAAACGUGUUUUUCCUGUUUGAAAAGAAAAUAUGGGAGCUGAGUGUAAAGAGAAGUGAACGCCGUGAGCUUGCAGCAACACUUCCAAAAAGUGGUACUAACUUGGAUGAUAUGAUUUUAUUUAAUUAUUUUUUUUGUUUUGUUUUAUUUUCUGUUUACUCUUUAUCAUUCCUAACGUGUGAUUCUAACAAUGCAUUUCAAAAGCGAGAAGCAAUUCGUAUGUAUAAAGAGUGCACUGGCAAAAAAGAAUUCCAAUUUGAACAUUGUUGGGAGACAUUGAGAACAAAUAUUCAUCAUGUGGACAAUAUUAAUGGGAUUAGCAAGACUAAUGGCAUUGUGCAUCCCCAAGAAAGAAAAGCAUCUAAGGAGAGUAAAAGAAAAACCAAUGAAGAUGAUGGUGCGGUAGAUGCUAUAAAAGGUUUGCGGUCCACUUUUGAGAAAGAAAUUGAGUUUAAAAAGAAGAACCAAGAACUCCGCGAAGAGCUCAAAAGAAAGAAGACCAAGGAAAAAGAAUUGCAUCAAAAAGAGCAACUUGAGAAGAAAGCUCAAAAGGGAGAAGAGAAACUUCGUAUUAUGAGCAUAGAUAUUUCCAAGCUUCCAGAAAUUGUACAGAAAAUGAUUGAAUCGUUCUUCCAUUUGUCUUCGGUUAUAAUUUUUACAUUGGUAAAUAAACCAUUGGCAGAAUCUUUUGUCGGAGAAUCACGCACUACUAGAGAGACAGAUUCAGACAAG